CAACACAGACACCACCACUCGUCUUUUUGGUUGUAUCAUCCCACCAGGGAACGGCAAACAAUCGUUCAAUCUCAGAUUUUGACAUCGUCACUCGUGUUCCUCGUUCGUAUCGACUUCUGGGUUCUUCAGGAAAUUCCCUUCACAAUCUGGUUUUGUUGCCGUCGUUCCUUAGAAUCUUUGCCUCCCUCCAUGGCUUCCUGUAGCCUCGGAGUUCCUAAAAUUAAAAUUUCGGCGAUAAACAUCAGCAAAGGAAGAUCCGGAAACUUAUUGAUACCGGAGAAUCAGAGACCUCGGCUUGAGCAAAAGCCUCUUAAAUAUGUUGGUCUGAGGACAACUCUGCAGACUGUCAAAGCCGUCAAAGUAUCCACUGUUCCAGCGACAGAAGCAGACGCUGCCACAGAUGUGGAAGAGGCCAAACCAUCUGGAUUGUCAAGUCAGCCUAUUCCCAAAUCUUCCGAGGUGGAAGCUCUUGUUACUGAAAUAUGCGAUUCCACAUCAAUUGCAGAGUUCGAGCUGAAACUCGGUGGAUUCCGCCUUUACGUAGCAAGGAACUUAACUGACAAAAGUAGCCCUCCACCUCCGCCCGUUCUUUCUGCUGUUACAGCUAGUGCGACUACUGAGGAGUUCGAUACAAAUGGUUCAGCUUCUUCUCCUUCAUUGGCUAUCACAAAAGCGGUUUCUUCCUCGGGUGGUGGAACAGAGACACUUGUUGACAGAGCUGCCGACGAGGGCUUGGUGAUUCUCCAAUCACCAAAGGUAGGGUUUUUUCGAAGAUCAAGGACCAUAAAGGGGAAACGAACACCCCCAUCUUGUAAAGUGAAAGACGUAGUGAAAGAGGGUCAAGUUCUGUGCUACAUCGAGCAGCUCGGCGGCCAAAUCCCGAUAGAGUCUGAUGUUUCUGGCGAGGUUGUCAAAAUACUCAGAGAAGACGGCGAGCCCGUAGGAUACAACGAUGCCCUCAUCGCUAUCCUUCCAUCGUUCCCCGGGAUCAAGAAGCUUCAGUAAGUGACUAAGUUCUUUCCAUUCCAUUACUCGAAAAAAGGGCGAGAGUUUGAUUCUAGAGGUAUGUUGAGAAUUUUCCAAAACCAAGAAAUUAGACUUUGUUUAUACAUUUCCCCUUUUGAUUUUCAGACAAAUCUGGAUUGUCUGUGCAUUUUCUUCCGUUUUGACAUGGUUCAUACAUAAUAUGUUCUUAAUCACAGUGAUUUAUAUAUA